AUGACCAUUUAUAUCAUUGGAUUCAUAUGCGCUUUAAUUCUGUCGGCAUUUUUGAUCGGUUGGAUAGCGUACUGCAUGUUUUGCAAAGAGCGGCACAAAUCAGAAAGUUAUCAAUACAACAUAUCAGACUUACGACGUCUUAACUACGAGUUCGCUCAAGAGCAACAGGAAAAUAAUACUAAGGAAGUCACCGCUGGCAUAUUUAUACUGCCGUCCCGCCACAAACAAAAAGAAGAUUUAACAUAUACAAAACGUCCAGACUAUCCUGAAAGUACUGUGACAAAUUUACAGCCGACGACUGAUAAAUUAAUAGAAAUAAUCAAUGAAAGUCCAGACGAGAAUCGUAAAUGUGUUGGUUUCGAUGUUAUUGAUUCUGACGUACCUUACCAUAGUGAAGUU